AUUGCAAAACACAGCUACAGGUCUAAUCAAAGAUACUGACUGCUGUGAUAUUUGAUACCAUGUCGGCCACCGUAGAAGACGAUAAACAUCCAGGAUUACGUUGGGAGUGCCCGGUGGUUUUCUACAUCAUUUGUAAACUAGAAAGAUUGAUAAUCAUAAAUUCCGACGACUUUGAUAGAGGCAUCCUAGCCCAAUAGAGUAAAGAUGAGGCUGAAAGAGAUCCAGAGGACUGCUCAUCCAGCAUGGAGCCCUGCCCCCCACCACCCUAUCUGCCUGGCUUUAGGCACUUCAGCUCAGCAGCUGGAUGCGUCAUUCAACACCACUGCCGCCUUGGAAAUAUUCCAGGUGGAUUUUGCCGAUCCUUCCCUGGGCAUGAAGCUCAAGGGGUCCCUACCUACUUCUAACAGGCUCCAUAGUCUGGUGUGGGUAAACUUUGGAGCAGGAGAAGACGGUUUGGGAGGGAGACUGAUUGGAGGCAGUGAUAAUGGCACGGUAACGGUGUAUAGCCCAGAAGCCAUCGUAACACCAGGGGCAGAGGCAAUAAUAGGACAGUCUGACAAACACACUGGGCCUGUCAGAGCACUAGACUUCAACCCCUUUCAGAGUAAUCUGUUGGCAUCAGGGGCAAAUGAUUCAGAGAUCUACAUCUGGGAUCUGAACAAUUUCAGCAAUCCAAUGACACCCGGGACAAAGUCACAGCCUCCUGAAGAUAUCAGUGUAGUGUCGUGGAACAGACAGGUGCAACACAUCCUGGCCUCUGCAAACCCCAGUGGGAAAGCAGUGGUCUGGGACCUGAGGAAGAACGAGCCCAUCAUCAAGAUUAGUGACCACAGCAACCGGAUGCACUGUUCAGGGAUGCUCUGGCACCCUGAGGUGGCCACCCAGUUGGUCCUGGCCUCAGAAGAUGACCGCAUGCCAGUCAUUCAGAUGUGGGACCUGCGCUUUGCCACGUCCCCUCUCAAAGUCCUGGAGAACCACACAAGGGGACUUCUGUCCAUAGCGUGGAGCCAAGCAGACCCAGAGCUGUUGCUCAGUAGUGCUAAAGACAACAGGAUCCUCUGCUGGAACCCAAACACUGGAGAGGUGAUCUAUGAAUUACCAACGACCAACCAGUGGUGCUUUGACAUCCAGUGGUGUCCCAGGAACCCAGCGCUGCUGUCGGCGGCCUCGUUUGACGGCUGGAUCAGUGUGUACAGCGUGAUGGGAGGAAGCCUGGAGGCCCAGCAGCAGAGCAGGGCUGAUCAGAUCUCCUCGUCCUUUGACACCAUGGAUCCGUUUGGGACAGGCCAGGUGCUGCCCCCUCUGCAAGUUCCCCAACCCACCCCUCAGACCACCCUCGUCGCUCCGCUGAAGAAGCCCCCCAAGUGGGUUCGUAGGCCCGUAGGAGCCUCAUUCGCUUUUGGUGGGAAGCUGAUCACCUUUGAGAGUCCUAAGGCUCCAGUCCAGAGCCCACAGCCCGUCCCUGUCCCCAGGCAGGUGUUUGUGAGCCAGGUCACCACGGAAACAGAGCUCCUCCAACGUUCCAGGGAGCUGCAGGCUGCUCUGCAAUCUGGAUCCUUGUCAGACUACUGCCAGGCCAAGAUCCACAAGGCCCCCACAGACUCUGAACAGGACAUAUGGAGGUUUCUCCUGGUCAACUUUGAAGAUGAAGCCCGGGUCAAAUUCCUGAGACUUUUGGGUUUCAGCAAAGAGGAUUUAGAGAGAAAGAUAUCCACCUGCUUGGGGAAGAACCUGCAGCCUAACGGACAUGGAGUGGAUGCCAACGAUCUGGCUGAGAAGAUACAGCUUCUCUCUACUCAGAGGUCAGAAGAAUCCGGGGAUGAGGUUGACUCCACCAAGACUCCGGGUUCAUCCUCGCCCUCUGACUUUUUCAGUCAGAUCCCACCACAAGACAAGGAGAAGAAGAUCAGCUUCCCGAUCCCUGUCUCAGCAGAUGCAGAUGGUCUGAUCAGCCAGGCUCUGCUGGUGGGAAACUUUGAGGGAGCGGUGGACCUGUGUCUGAACGAGGGGCGCUACGCUGAGGCCAUCCUGCUGGCGAUCAGUGGAGGACAGGAGCUACUGCAGAGGACCCAGCAGACAUACCUGGACGGGCAGAGGAACAGCAUCUCUAUGCUGAUCUCAUCCGUGGUGACCCAGAACUGGGGAGACAUCGUGCAGAGCUGUGCCUUGGAGAACUGGAAGGAGGCUCUCGCUGCUCUCCUGACCUACGCUCACCCCAAAGAGUUUGCUCAUCUGUGUGAGACCCUGGGGUCGCGUCUGGAGGGGGAGAGGACAGAGAAACGCUGCCUGCAGGCAUGUCUCUGUUACAUUUGCUCUGGGAACAUUGAGAAACUAGUGGAAUGCUGGGCCCUGCAGAGGGACUGCUCAUCUCCCCUGGUUUUAGAGGACUUGGUAGAGAAGAUGAUGGUUCUGCGUAAGUCUGUUGAGCGUCUGAGGAACAGCGAGGUGGCUGUACAGAGUCCUGUCCUGGCUGACAAGCUGACUCACUACGCUGGUCUCCUAGCAUCACAAGGCAGCCUGGCUACAGCCCUGUCCUACCUGCCAGACACCUCAGACCAGGCUUGCAUCAUGAUGAUGAGAGACCGGCUGUUCCACGCCCAGGGAGAGGGAGGAGCUGCAGUGGGGCAGCAGCCCCCACCGUUCCCUUACAACAGAGUCAGGGUGACUGGGGGCGACCCUGCCCCCGCUCAGGCCCCUGCUGUCCCCGUCCAAGCACAACCACCGGCACAGACACCGGGGCCCUACCAGCCUCCUCUUCCUGUGAUGUCAGUGGGUGGCCAGCCUCCUCUUCCUGUGAUGUCAGUGGGUGGCCAGCCUCCUAUGACGACAGUCUUCACUCCUCAAGCUGCUGCUCUCUCCAGAGGGCCGCCUCCUCCUUCGUAUGGCGGUCUGCCACCCUCCUCCCCUGCUCCUCCACCUAGUGGGCUGCCACGUACAGGACUACGGCCAGCCUACCCUCAACAUCCUGCCACUGCCCCAGGGUUCUCUCCACUCCAGCCAUUCCAGCCACAACAGCAGCCCAUGUCUGCAGGACUAGGUGGCCCCGGCCUCUCUGCCUUCCCUCCAGGACCUGCUAUGCCAGGCUCCAGUCUAUCUGGACCCCCCCUGCCUCCGUUCUCUGCCCCUGGCGGCCUCCCCACCAUGCCCAGCCCAGGGCCACCUCCGUCAGGCUUCACCCCCACCUCGCUCCCUUCAGGCCCCAUGCCACCCAGCUACCAGCAGCCUGGGGCCCCCGUCGGCAUGUACCCACCAGGGGGGUCUCACCUUCACAGCCAGGGCCCACCUGCAGGUCCCCCCUCUGGUCCGUACCCACCCCUGGGACCUGGGUACCCACAAGGAGGUCCUGGAGCCCCGGCCGUCAAGUCCUUCUCUGCUCCGUCGGUUGCUCCUCCUCCUACAGGAUACUUCCCUUGGCUGAGUACUCCCCUUGUUGACGAUGAUGAAGAUGGAUGGAAUGACCCACCAGCAGUACGAGGGGGUUCUAGGAAGAAAAAGGUUGUCCCAGACAACUACACCCCUCCGGCUCCCAUCACCGCCCCUGUUAUGGGGGGUUUCCCCAUGGAGGGUCAUCAUCAUCAGCCCCAAGGACAGCAGGGCCACGACCCCAGCCGCACGCAGCAGUUCCCCCCAGGGGCCCCUCAGGAGCCCAGCGUACAGCUCCUCCAGGCGCUGCCGGCUGAGAGGGUGGAGCAGAGAGAGAUCCCUGCAGAGCACAUGGUCCUCAAGCAGACCUUCGACAGCCUGGUACAACGCUGCCAGCUAGCCGCACAAGACCCACAGACAAAAAGGAAACUUGACGAUGCAUCGAAACGCCUUGGGUACCUGUAUGACAAGCUGAGAGAGCAAAUGCUGUCUAACAACAUCCUGGGGGGUUUACAUGAGAUCAGCCGCUGUGUGGCGGGCCACAACUACCAGCGUGGCCUAGAGGUCCACACUGCUGUGGUCACCAGCAGCAACUUCAGCGAGAUCCAAGCCUUCAUGCCCAUCCUCAAAGUGGUCAUGACCAUCGCCAACAAGCUGGGCGUCUGACCACUGAUCCCACACCAAGACCAGUGUGCUCUACAGACCAGUGUGCUCUACAGACCAGUGUGCUCUACAGACCAGUGUGCUCUACAGACCAGUGUGCUCUACAGACCAGUGUGCUCUACAGACCAGUGUGCUCUACAGACCAGUGGGCUCUACAGACCAGUGGGCCAUCUCUUAAUUUUAUGUUUUCAGGCCAAAGCACUGCAACAACUAGCUCUGAUCCAGGGUGUUACGUGCAGCUUGUUGCCUCAGCGGUGUCAGAGGCUGCACAUUACGCCCUGGUCCAGAGCUAUGCAACAACAGAAUGUAAUUUGAUGAUUCUUGUGGAGUUGCUGGAUGUUUUUUUUUAUAGUCAGUCCCCGUUACAGUCACUAUAGAGCGGCCCACUGCUGUCAGCUAGCUUGUGUGAUUGAGAUACUGUAUGAGAACUGUGUGUGUGUUCUGGUUGUUGGCUUCGCCCCCUGUUUAUAGUGUGCUGGCUUCUGUUGUGUAUAAAAUGUAAUGAGCAUACCACUGUAAACAGCUUUGGCGUGGUUACACUUGACAUUUCAUGCUGAUUGAAGAACGUGGCAGUUAUCGACUGAAAUAUGAAUUAUGGCAAAGAAACCCAUGAAUAAAUAUCUUGAAAUAUU